CUUAACGGAGCAACAUGGUGAAACACAAAAAAAUAGUUCACGAAGGACGAAAAGACCACGUUUGCAACGUGUGUCAAAAAGCGUUUACUAAAUUGAGCAAUUUGAGGAAACACCAAAAAACAAUUCAUGAGGGACAAAAAGACUACGAGUGCGAUGUGUGCCAGCGAAAAUUUACGCAGAAGAUCAACUUGACAGUGCACCGUAGAACAGUUCACGAAGGACUAAGAGAUUACGAGUGCGACGUUUGCAAGAAAACGUUCACGAAAAGGAUGUCCUUGUCAGUUCAUCAAAAAAGAGUUCAUGGAAGCCAAAAAGAAUCUGCAAGCAAUCGGCAUUUGCCAGAUACUCGCAAAAUAGUUCACGAAGGACAAAAAGGCUAUGAAUGCAACGCGAGUCAGGAAGUAUUUUCAGAGCAAAGCAACGUGAAGGAACACCAAAAAUUAGUUCAAGUUGAACAGAUAAAAUAUUUGCCAGAAGUAUGUACGUCAAAAUACGAUUUGACUAACCACAUAAUAACUGAUGACGACGAACAAAACCACUUCGAAUUACAUAAUGUAUUUCGAAAAAAGUUUUGUAAAGGCCAAAAGGGCUAUGGCAGUGAUGUUUUAUUAAAAAGCAACGAGCCUUAAUUUGAUUGUCUUAUUCUAUGAAGAAUAAUUAACUUUCACAAUUGUAAUGCAACAUUUAAAUACGAUGAAUUCGUUGAAAUGUUCAUAUUUUUUUUGGCUACGUGACAUUCAUGAUGUAAAUAUGCCGCAGAUUUAAGUAUGAGUCAAAACAAUUACGCAGUAGGGCAUCAAAAGAAGUGAAAACUUGUCUAGCGCAACUGAAACGCAUGU